CCAAUGUUUGGGAUGGAUUGUAUACACCUGUGUCCAUGGAGGUGAUUGGAGCGCCUGAAUCACAUGAUAUGGAGGGGAUUGGAACACCUGAAUCACAUGAUUUUGGAGGGGAUUGAAACACCAGAAUCACAUAAUAUGGAGGGGAUUAGAACACCUGAAUCACAUGAUUUGGAGGGGAUUGGAACACCUGAAUCACAUGAUUUGGAGGGGAUUGGAACACCUGAAUCACAUGAUUUGGAGGGGAUUGGAACACCUGAAUCACAUGAUUUGGAGGGGAUUGGAACACCUGAAUCUCAUGAUAUGGAGGGGAUUGGAACACCUGAAUCACAUGAUUUGGAGGGGAUUGGAACACCUGAAUCACAUGAUUUGGAGGGGAUUGGAACACCUGAAUCACAUGAUUUGGAGGGGAUUGGAACACCUGAAUCACAUGAUUUGGAGGGGAUUGGAACACCUGAAUCACAUGAUUUGGAGGGGGAUUGGAACACCUGAAUCACAUGAUUUGGAGGGGA